CAGCAGAAAUUGCGAAAGUUUGGCAGUUCCGAUGGGCGAAAGAGCUGGACUGAGGCAUGGUGAGGAAAACCGAUUAGUGCCACCCUCUCGAAUUUCUCCUCCCCAUACCAACAGCAUUUUUUGUCGAUGUCUAGUGAAAGUUAUGGCUUCAAAUGGCAGCCGCUAUCUUUUUUGGUGCUCCAAUGAGUUGACCCAGUUCCGGAUUCCAGAGUUUCACGCUCUCUCAGAGCUGUUCCAGAUCAACCUCAAGUGGGUGGAUCAAAAUGAAAAAAUGCCCUGGAUCAUCUUAGACCUGGAAAGUGAGUCUCAAGCUCGCCAAAUCUUGAGCCGCAGUUUGUCCGUGAAGUAUUGCAUACACUUAUGGGGCUCGGGAGAUGGCGUGCCAAAAAUGCAUGAAGCGGUCAAAGCGUUUCCCUCCGAGUUCAAAGAGCCUUAUUUCCUGGAAUCCUUGUCUUUUAAAGUCUACGUGGAGGCCUUCAUGAAGAAAUUGACCAUGGCUCAAAGGGUGGAGCGAAUAGAAACUUUUGACUAUCUACCAAUCAAAGGACCAAUCCGAAUGAAGGACCCAGAUGUGAUUUUUUCUUACUUCGAGUACUAUGGCGAUGACCAAAACAGAUUGGACGAGCAUCCUCGUCAAGCGUUUUUUGGUCGCUUCAUUGGUGACGGUCAACGUCAUCUCAUGUCCAAGUUGUCCAUUAAGACUCGAAAAUUUAUCGGAAACACCACCAUGGAUCCUCUUCUCUCCUUGUUCAUGGCCAAUUUAUCCCUAGUGCGACCCAAUGACCUGGUCUUGGAUCCUUUUGUGGGGACGGGUUCGAUCCCCGUUGCAGCCGCUCAAUUUGGCGCUUUCAUCCUCGGUUCUGACAUUGACUUUCUCGUUAUUCACGCCAAAACCCGACCUUCCCGAUGGAAGCAAAAGAUCAGGGCUCAAGAUGAGAGUAUGAAGGCCAAUUUCCAGCAAUAUGGAUUGGCUGCCAAGUACUUGGAUGUCGUUGUGGCGGACUCGAGUCGACCCAUUUGGGCCCGGAAAUCGAUUUUGAACGCCAUUGUAACAGAUCCACCGUACGGAAUACGUGAAACCAUUUUGAAAGUGGGCACAGAGAAAAAAGAUCUGGUGAUCCCAGAGGAGUUCUUGGAAACGCAUUACCCACAGAAAGUUGAAUAUGGGAUCAGUGACGUGUUCUAUGAUUUGCUCAAUUUUGGCGCAGAAUCGUUGUGCGAAAGAGGCCGAUUGGCGUUCUGGCUUCCGGUGAACCGAGAAGAAUAUUCGGAAGAACGAUUACCUCGUCAUCCGAAUCUUGUGCUGAAGUUCAAUGUGGAACAAGUGUUGAGUUGUCAUACGAGCAGACGGCUCUUAGUUAUGGAGAAGGUCACGACGAAGGAAGGAGGCAGAGCUGUUCCACAAGAAGCUAUUCCGGAUUUUCGGGACAGCAUUCAAUCUGCUUAUGCUCUGGACAAGAAAGAUCGUAAGGAACGCAUCAAGAAAUUUGGCCAUCUCAACCUGAACGGAAAGUGCUCGGACACAAAUAAAACAGCGGACUUGUAGAAAACCAAAAUGUACUUGUUUAUUGCUUAUCUACUAUCAAACGAGUUCAGAUGAAUGAUGGUCACAAAUAUUGGGAUUUCACAUGACAGGACAAAAGCUGAUACAUUAUCACACGGGUAGUUUGGUUUAGUUAAGUAAAAGUUAUUAUUUCGCUUCAGAUCUUUCUGGAUUUCGAUAGAAAACAUCAGCUAAAACGGUGAUGCUGAACCGUGCCUUGAUGCCUGGAGUUGAAAUACUGAGAAAUCUCUCUCAAGACCAACCGCGACAAUAACUAUAUUAAGAGAAGGAGAAAACGGUUUUAGUGCAGAUGCUCAGCAUUCAAAAUGC